AUGUCAUCAUACUUUGUAUAUCGAGUCGAGGAUGAAAUCAACAAUGACAUGGAGUCACAAGCCAACAUCAGCAAUAACAAUAUGCAACCAUCAAACACAGUCAUUGUUGGAUAUCUGCCCACAUCAUGGUUCGUUGAUAAUGAGACAGCCGACACUUCGUAUCCAUCAGCAGAGGUGAUACAAAGAGUAUUCAAUCACUUUGGCCAGAUUGACAACAUUGAGAUACUGGUGGAUACUCCAAAGGACUUGGUGCGUGUGAUUGGCAACGAUAGCAACAUCUCUGGCAUGGUACCAAUCGCAUCACUCGACAAACUGCUACACUUCCAGGCCGCUAUCCAGUUCAGCUCGACACACGGUGCAUCAGACUGUCAGAGAACAUUGUCACGCUUCAAGAUGUUUAGGAAUAAUGUUGGAUACAAAGCUGACGUGCGAUUCGACUCUAACGAUUUCUUCUCAGAGUUGAGCUCGCGCAAGAGGAAACUGCAGCGCGAGCAAACAAUUCUGGCGCUUCGACACAAGUUAGAGGCCAAGGAGAAGCGCGACCGAAUAGAGAGGAUGGCAGAGGAGAGGAGGUUGUUGGAGGAAGUCGCAGAGAGGAAUCGCGCGUUGGAGCAUCUCGCCAAGCAACAAAUGAUUAAGGCUGAGGAAGAGGAGAGGCUGCAGCAAGAGCUCAAACUACAGAGAAGGGUGGAGAAGAAGGCGGCCAGCGAACAAAGAAGGCGCGAGAGGGGUGAGCAGAGGGCUCGAGAGAAGGAGGAGCACGAUCGACUGCUGGAGCAGGAGUUGGCGAGGCAAGAGCAAGAGGAGCUGCGCCAACAGGAAGAGAUGAAGAAGCAUGAGCAUAUGUUGAUGCAACAGGUGAUGGAUCAAGAGCAGAUGGAGCAGGAGCAACAUGAACAACAAGAGAGACGCGAGCGUGAAGAAAUGAGAGAGAGGAGUUACAUGGCUGCACUCAAGAGGAAGCGAGAGUCUGUGGAGAAGGACGAGGAGCAGCAUGAUGAGUAUGAGGAGCAGGCCAAAGCACCGCCCUGCCGUGAGGUGUGGAGGACAGAACCAGGAGAGGACAAAGUGGAUGAUGAUAUAGAGGUGGAGCGCAGGAAGGUAUAUGCAAUGGCAGAGAGGAAGUUGGCACUUGUGAGGGGCUGGUUGAGCAAGGCGCACUCAUACUUGAGGGAGAGCAUACUUCAAGAGCAACAACGCAACAAUAUCAGCAUGGACCAGUGGCUCAUGCCCUGGCAACUACCAAACAAACAAUCAGAGUUUGCCGAGUACCUACAGCGAGAGAGGGAGCUGGCCAAAGGUUACCAACAUGUUGCGAGCAAAGUGAUACCAACAGAGGCCUACUGUAAGAAGUGGGGCGUCGUCAUCACUCCGCCGCCACCACCAACAACGUCGACAUCACACACACUCCAAGAGCAAGAGGAGAUACUCAAGCGCAGCCUGUUAAAGUUGUCUUCCAAGCGACUAUCCAUCACACAAUCGAUUAAACCAUAA